CUUCACACGACUGCCAGGGUUGGACAGCCCAAUUAACCAGCCCUAUCAAUGAGAUCAAGAUGGGAGCCAGUACCAAGAGGAAGAAGGAGAAGCAGAAGGACUUCCAGAAACCCAAGUUGAAGGUUGGGAAAACCAAGGCCAAGACUUCAAAUUUCACUGAUACGAGCUUCAAAUCAAAAGCAAUUGUUGUGAACCAGCAAUCAUUAUCCGCGGAUGCUCCCCACCCAGCCGAGCAGUUCAAGCAUAACCUCUCACUCGCCUCAACCUCCAGAUCCGACACCCAGAGACGGGAGUCCCUAUCUUAUCUAACCAGCCGGGUCUCAGCAAAGCCGUCAUACAACCCGGUGGGGACCUCUACCAUCCUAACUAAACUCCUACCAUUGGUAUCUGAUGGUUCCUCGCAUGUGCGGAGCCAGCUCCUCGAGCUCUUUCGGGGUCUGCCUCCCUCGGAAGUGCGACCCCAUGUUGAGAAGGCUCUCAUGUAUAUCCGAGCCGGCAUGACGCAUCUGUCGGUCGAUAUUCGGAGCGACACCCUCAACGUUAUGGACUGGCUCCUUGACGUGGCCGGUGAUGAGACCGUAUCCUGCCCAGGGGGCUGGAUGAAAACGCUGAACAGUUUCAGCGCCAUGUUGGGCUGGAAUCCGAGUAUCAGUUCGGCCACCGGCAGCAAAGGCUGGACAUCGGCGUCGAAAGCGACGCUCGGAGCCGUCAAAGGAGGACAAGCACAAGCAAGGCAGAUUCAGGGGCUCGUCAAAUUCCUUCGUAUCGGCUUCAAGCCUGAAGAUCCCACGCCUUACAAGCCCCAAGCCUACUGGGACAACAUCUACCGUCUACCUAGGAGGCCGAACCCCUUUUCUUAUUUGAAUCUAUUCGGCCCCGCCCGAGACGAAGAAGGCGAAAUGUAUCCUGAUCGCGAGUCGAGACAGAUAAUAUUCCACAGUAGAUGGAGUGAUGCCAUAGCCAAAGGCAUGGAGGAGGCAAAGAAAGAAGGUGGCGCCGUCGGCCGGGCUGCUGCUUCGUUGGACCAAGUCUUGAAGAACGGAUUGGGGGACAGCAAUAGACAAUCCGAGCUCUGAGGUCCAUCUUGAUUACCUAAAAUACCUAGUUACCUAUCUACCCAGGUAGUUAGGAGCAUCCUAUCAGAUGCCUUUCAAUACCCGGUCAUCUUGUCUACCUAUAUACUAUUCUUAGAAGAGAACCGAGAUAGGUUAAUACCUAUCCCAUCUUACUGGA